CAACACUCCUUCACAUUCUUUCGUUUCACUUUGGUUGCUUUGUCCUUCUUUCGUUCGUUCACACCAACAUGUCGCGGUCUCUUCGCCGCGGCCUCCUAACGGCGGCAGCCGUUUGGGCGGUAUCGGCGGCGGCCGGCAACGAGUGGGAUCGUAAUCACGACGAUGACCGCAAGUGGCUGGCCUCGACCGUUGUCGUCACCAGCACUGUCUUGGUCGACUUGAAGGACGUCGACCUGAAGUGCCAGCGGGGAGAGAUCGUCUGCGGUCCCACCCCUCCGCCUUUCCCCGACCCGAAGCCCUGCCACGAGUGCGAGGACAAGUGGCACACCCAAGACGGCAGCAAGGAAGGGUAUAACAACCAAGGCUGGGGCGCGGACGCCGGAAACAAGGAUCCCGCAAGCCAGGGCCAAGGAAACAAUGAGGCGUGGCAAGAGGAUCCGUACCACGGCCAGUGGCAGGGUUGCUCCCACGACAACCAUUGCCCGCAAAACUGCAACUGCAGCCCCAAGGCCAUCUGCGAGAACACCUCGGGAGGCCACCAGUGCAAGAGCAGCACUGACUGCGAGGAUGGCAACAUGUGCAACUCCUACGGCUGGUGUCAGCCCAUUCCCGGCCCCCGAUGCCACGAGAAGGCUUGUGAGAUCAAGGCCGGAUCCAACUGCAACGACAACAAGGACUGCUCCCAUGGCGAAAUCUGCAACCACCACGGCUUCUGCCAGAAGGUUGUCUUCCCCGACUGCGAGAACAACUGGGACUGCGAGCGCGGCCAGAUUUGCACCCACAGGGGCAUCUGCAAGACUAUCGACCAGGACCAAUGCACGUGCGAUACCGACUGCGGUGACGGCCAGAUCUGCAACUCCCAGAGAAUCUGCGAGGACGUCGUCUGCCCCAAGUGCCAGCUGGAGAACGAGUGUGAGCAUGAGGAAUCAUGCCACGAGGGAUUCUGCAAGCCCAAGGAGAACAAAUGCGAGGACAAGCACGACUGCAACGACGGCGAGAUCUGUGACUGGGAGGGCAAGUGUCGCCGAGGCGAUCACCUCAAGUGCAAGGUCGACUCUGAAUGCAAGUCUGGACAGACCUGUGAUAUCCACGGCAGAUGCCAGCACCGCGCCAAGGGCGAGGGCUGCGGAUCUGACGAAGACUGCGACUCCAAGGAAUUCUGCAAUGCUUAUGGAUACUGCGAAAAGGACCACAAGGGCUGGGGCGACUAUGAGGGCCAUGGAGACAAGGACCAUGGCGAGAAGGACCCUGAGCAGCAGUGGUGCGGCGGUGAUGACCAGUGCCUCCCCGGCGAGUUCUGCUCUGAUAACAGGUGUGUUGGUCGCCUUGAUUGCCGCAGGGACAGGGAUUGCCGCGACGGAGAAGUCUGCGAGCAGAGCCUCUGUGUCAACCGAAGAUUCUGCACGUCCGAUGGGCAGUGCAACACUGGCGAGCAAUGCAGACAGGGCGAGUGCCGCCGCAGGAACACCGACUGCCGCUUCGACUUUGAGUGCUCUGGAGAUGAGCGCUGCUCAUCCGCUGGCAUUUGCGAGGCGACGAGGACUUGCUUGAUCGGCACUGAGUGCGAGACCAAUGAGCUCUGCAUCCUCGGCGAAUGCUUGACCACGUGUGUUGCGCAGACUGAUUGCGAACUCGGCGAAACUUGCGACAGCGGCCUCUGCCUCAGGAGGAGAUUCUGCACCGGCACCGACUGCGAGGGCGGCGUCUGCCUCAGGAGACGAUUCUGCUUGGGCACAGGCGCGGGUUUCUGCGGACUCGGAGAGGUCUGCUUCAACAACUUCUGCCAGGCACCAACGAACCCGACUUGCACGUUUGAUGUCGAAUGUGGAACCGGCCAGAUCUGCGAGGGCAACGUGUGCGUUGCACAGAGGACUUGCUUGCUCAACACCGACUGCCUGACUGGUGAGCUUUGUAGCACCGGCGUUUGCUUGACGGCGUGCGACGACCAAUUGGACUGCGAUGGCAACGAGACCUGCAACGGCAGCGUCUGCCUCAGGAAGAGAUACUGCACAGGCACGGGUCAAUGUGGAAUCGGCCAACUUUGCCAGGACAACUUCUGCGAGCCGCUGUGUGGCGUUGACGUUUCCCCCGGAAACACCUGCGCCGACGGAUUCGCGUGGGCGCACUACAAGCUUGCCCGAUCAGCCGAUGACAGCACCACGACCCCGGGCACGAUCCCCAUCCAUCCUGCUGAUGUCGUUUCGGCGGAGACGUGGCCUGUCCUGCAGUUCGCGCCCAACGUUGCCCUUUCGGGCCAGACUCCCGAUUUCACUGGCACGACGGCGUUUACUGGCCUCCUCCAGUCUUGCCCCCCUGAGCUCGGCAAUGUCUACGGCACCGAGACGCCAGCCGUCGACUACACCAUCGUCCAGCAGAUUGGUUGGUUUGUCCCCGCGAUAGCCGGUACUUAUACAUUCACGGCCCCCGCCGCGACCCUCGACCAGUCCGUCUACGUCUGGCUCGGUGCCAAUGCUGUUGCGGGCUACACCAACACCAACGCGGACCUCGUUGCCGACGCAAACUGGCUUUCCGGAUCCAACCUCGACUUGGAGGUGGUGUCCGCGGCUCAGGUCGGCACGUACAUCCCGAUCCGUAUCCUGUGGGUCAACGCCCAGGACUGUGGUCAGUUCGAUCUCACCAUCACGGACCCUAACGGAGCCGUCCUUGUCUCGCGGGGCCAGGCGACAACCGAUGGGGAGUUCGUCACCGGCUGUACGCCUUCGGCCGACAUCCCGGCCAUCAACUUCUAAGCCGGUGAGCCUGACUGGCAACGUUAUAAGGCGGCGAGGGCGAUGCUGGCCAAGACCUCGGCGGCAUCGCCUCGGGCGGUAGAGUGAACACUUCCGUCGUCUUCG